CAAGGAUCUGUACAAGGAGGCCAUGAUGGAGGAGAACCAGCCUCUUAUAUCACAAGCAAAUUCCACAAAAUCCUUAAAUUAUAAACCACAAGAUGAAGACAUCAGGCAGCGCUCUUCAGGAGAAAACGUAAUCACUCUUAAUGUUCAUCCAGGAGUUCACAGUACAGAUCUAUCAUUUAACCCCCCUAAUCUUGAGGAAGCUUCUCCUGACCAAUCACAGAUUGUUACCACAUAUACAGGUCAGAAAGGGGGUAAAAGGUUUCAAGGUGGUAUAGAGUUCACAAAAAGAUCAAGACUUUCUACACACAAAAAAAAAAACACUGGAAAGAAGCCAUAUUCAUGUUCAGAAUGUGCAAAGUGCUUUACAGAGAAACGGAAAUGUUUUCAACAUGAGAGAAUGCACAGGGGAGAGAAGCCAUAUUCAUGUUCAGAAUGUGGGAAAUGUUUUACAACAAAAUCAUAUCUUGUUGUACAUGAGAGAAUUCACACAGGAGAGAAGCCGUAUUCAUGUCCAGAAUGUGGGAAAUGUUUUACAACAAAAUCAUAUCUUGUUAUACAUGAGAGAAUUCACACACGGGUGAAGCCAUAUUCUUGUUCAGAAUGUGGGGAUUGCUUUACAAGAAAAUCAAGUCUUGUUAGACAUGAGAGAAGUCACAAAGCAAAGAAGACGUUUCACACACGGGUGAAGCCAUAUUCUUGUUUAGAAUGUGGGAAAUGUUUUACAACAAAAUCAUAUCUUGUUGUACAUGAGAGAAUUCACACAGGAGAGAAUCUGUAUUCCUGUUCAGAAUGUGAGAAAUGUUUUGCAAGUAAAUCAAGUCUGAUUAUACAUCAAAGACUUCACACAGGAGUAAAGCCAUUUUCAUGUUCAGAAUGUUGGAAAUGUUUUGUUACGAGUGGCAGUCUUAGAGAACAUCAAAGAAUUCACACAGGAGAGAAACCAUAUAUAUGUUCAGAAUGUGACAAACGUUUUUCAGACAAAUCAAGUCUUGUUAGACAUUGGAGAUAUCACAUAGGAGAGAAGCCAUAUUCAUGUCUCACUGUCCUUUCUGUCUCUCCUACUGUGCUAUUGAUAUUGGUAACAAUAGUAUCAUCAUGA